AUGGAUUGCAGGCCAAGUGGAAGAGGAAGUGCCAUUGGAGUUGCCAUCCUUGCGUGGCUGUGGCUGCAGCAGCAGCAGCAGACUCUGGCAUAUCAAAUGGGGGAAAAUGUCAGCUACCCGCAGUCAGCGCUGGGCGGCUACUACCUGGACAAUGGCACCCACUAUCUGCUGUACGAGCAACAGAGAGUGCAGCGUCCCAGCUUCCUGUCGCUCUCCCACUUUGGCAACAUCUCCAGCAACCCGGGCGUCAAUGCUCUGGAGAUGCAGGACUAUCUGCCCACGAGGAUAAUUGGCGGCAAGAGGAUCAAGUGCUCGCGUGCGCCCUACCAGUGUGCUGUCAUCUACGAGAAUUACUUCAUCUGCGGCUGUGUGAUCAUCAAUCGUCGCUGGGUGCUCACCGCCCAUCACUGCAUUGUGGGCGGGGCCGGCAAGUACGAGAUUCGAGCGGGCACCACGCAGCAGCGUCGCGGCGGUGAGCUGCGCCGCGUCAAGACGAUCGUCGCCCAUGCCGGCUACGACGAUUACACGAUGAGAAACGAUCUGGCCAUGAUGAAGCUGCGCAAGCCGCUCCAAUACAAUCGCUGCGUGAAGCCGGUGCGUCUGCCCUCGCCGAAGCUGACGCGUCUGCCGGCGUGCUACCUCGUCAGCGGUUGGGGCUUGGCCGCCGCGAAUGCCCAGAACGUGCAGCGUUACCUGCGCGGCGUGCGUGUGUGCAAGGUGCGGCGUGGCAGGUGCCAGCAGAUGUACAAGGGCACCGGCGUCAAGAUCUACAAGGACAUGAUCUGCGCCGCACGGCGCGGCAAGGACAGCUGCUCGGGUGACUCGGGCGGGCCGCUGGUGCACGGCAACACGCUCUACGGCAUUGUGUCCUUUGGCAUUGGCUGCGCCAAUCGCAAUUAUCCCGGGGUCUAUGUGAAUGUGAAGCGUUUUGUGCCGUGGAUCAAUAAGGUUAAGCGGAAGUAUUAG